UGACACCACAGCACCAUAAAAGCGGCUGAGGCUGGGAAGUCCACUCACUGUCGACAUACUCACAUGCACACUUGUGAAGAGGUUGGCAUUGCUGUCGAGACUGUGCAGGAUCUUGAAGCAUCCUUUGCAUGGACACCUCCACUGUCAGCUGAACCUCGUGACGCAGAUGACCUGCUUGCUGGUCCAGAGAGUAUCUCGCCCAAGAUAUUGCUGCCGAAUUUGCAGCUCUCGAAGAACUGAAUUCUGCCGGUUGCAACCAGCAAAACUGACUCCAAGUAGUUUUGCCCCCCACACUAGCAC